CCUCGCCCAAGUCACUAUGUCUUCCCCUGCACCGCACGCCACCUACAGCUGCGUCGACCACACAGACAACCUCAGCAAGGACGAGCUUGUGGCGCGUGCCAAGACAGGCGCCGCGGAUCCCGAUGCUCUCCAUCAGGCGCUGAAACUGCGCGAGGAGCUCGCUGAGAUCAUUGCGCCAAUCGCAACAACGUACCGGCAACCAGCCGGUGGUAUCGAUCAGUUCAAUCUUUAUGAAGUAUGCCCGAUGCUGUUUGCGCCAAGCUGCCGCGUGGACCCGACUUCAACGACGUGGGGCCGCGACGAUGUCGCCAAGGUCUUUGGCGCCAGCGUCACCGGGUUUCGCGACAAUGGCUUUGGCGUUCCCAACGGCGUUGGGUGGCACUGGUACAACUUGUCGGACGACGGUACCUGUGCGUUCUGCGCCACCGCUGGCACCGUCGCGCUCGAUUACGGGCUGCAGGACGAGUUUGGGUACGGUGAGCACCACAACGAGAUCUCAGACAACUGGCGCGCUUUCAUUGACGCCCACGGUCUGCACAUCAAUGCGUUCCGGUCGUGGCGCGCUUACGCUUAUAGAGCGCUGGUUCAAAACAGCGAGGCCAACCGCGCAUUCUGUAGCAACGUCAUGCAGCCGUUACAGGUGCACCUCCGCGCGCACUCGAGUGACGUCAAGAUCGUCACGUGCGACUACCGUGACAGCGUCGACCAAAUCGUGAGCUCGUCUUUCGUGGGCGGGCUGACCGCCGACGGGUACCUCAUCGGCGUCUUCUUUGGGUUUGUCGAUGUUUUGUAAAAAUAUAUAAAUCCUGGACUCUCGCGACACCUGCACGCUUGUCUUGCACUACUGUGCUUUUGCACAGUAGCG